GUCAAUUGUUUCAGCAUACAACCUUAGAAAAGCAUUACUUUAAAAUGCUGCGAAUUCAGUGGUAAUUGUUCGUGUUUACAAGAUGUUCCUCUGAUCGCUGAACACAAGUUGGAGAAAUAGCGCGCGUGCUAAAGUUUUGAAUUGUUUUUCUUAGUGCAGUUUGAAAUUAAAGGCUGAGCUAAUCAUGUACGUAAACCGAUCGUUUGCACUGCUGGGAGGCGAAACCAACUACUCGCAUGCACAUCAUGAAAUCCACGACGACGCCUCGACUAGAACCUUCAGGCUGUCCACGUUCUUCAUCAGCAUUCCCAUCUGUUUGGUGGCUGUUCUAGUGGAUUUGCUGCUGAUUUUCAUGAUCCUGCGGUACAAAGCGUUCAAAACGCGCGGCAACUUCUACAUCCUCAAUUUCUGCAUUUGCAACAUCUUAUUUCUCAUCGCUGAACAUGUGCUUCAUUUGUCAAUGGAUCUGUUCUUCGGCGGAAGUUUGGAGAUUGGAUGGUACUGCACUUUCAUCCAGCUGGAGAACUAUUUUCUGGACCUGGCCAUUGUUUUUAUAACAGUUUAUACGGUGGAUGAAUACAUCGGCAUGGUGGCCAGCGAUUACAUCAGCUACAUGUACAAGAACGGCUUUAAAUACGUAAUCGGUUGCACCUACUUACUUCACUUAAUUUUGGGGUUCAUAGUAUCGAACGUUUGUUUCUCCAGCUCAAAGGACAUCAAGUUCCACAUCAGCUUUAUCUUUAUGACGAUCGUCUACGCCAUUUGUUGGGCAGUUAUUGCAAAAAUUAGAUAUGAUUGUCGGAAAACAGCUUUCAAGAAUAAUAAGUAUCUGAUUCAAGCGCUGUCUGUGACUCAGCUAACGCUUUUGUUUUUCCUACCAGUGGUAUUUUACUACAACGUUCUGAAUAUUGCCGAACGAAUAGUCACUGACGAUAAUCUGGAUGUUUUACGAUCAUUGGCAGUUAUUGCCGAAUAUUUGGCAUACAGUGCCACAUUUGGCCUCGCCUAUAAACUGUUCAAAGUCAAUAAGUUUUACCGAUUGGCCUUUUGCAAGAUAUUCCGCAGAACCAAUCAGGAUCUGGAUUUCAGCCGAUUGGAUAUUGUUCCCGAAGCAGACAUUGAUAAGAAAUAGCUCCGGAUAGUUAGAGGACUAAACGCUAAAAAUAUUUAUUGUUUCAUAUUUUCGCAAAUAAACUUGAGGAUUU